CGCGUGCGCGGCUGUGGCGCGCGGCCCCGCCCCCGGCGCGCUCCCGGCGUGCGGCGCGCGCGGUGCUGACGCGGCAGCGGCCGGGCCGGACCGGGCCGAGCGCCGACAUGGUGGCCAAGCAGCGCAUCCGCAUGGCCAACGAGAAGCACAGCAAGAACAUCACACAGCGGGGCAACGUCGCCAAGACCUCGAGAACGGCCCCGGAGGAGAAGGCGUCGGUCGGGCCCUGGCUGUUGGCUCUCUUCAUCUUCGUGGUCUGCGGAUCAGCGAUCUUCCAGAUCAUCCAGAGCAUCCGGAUGGGCAUGUGAGGGCCGGGCUCGGGCCGUGCCCCCCGGGGCCGCGGCAGCUGCCGAGGAGCGGCGCGCGGCACCCGCCGUGUCGCAUUCCAGGUCUCUUCACCAGUCAUUCCGAGUUUUCUAGCCCGUGCCACAGUGCCUUGAACAGCACCACAUGUAUAAAGCAAUAAAAGUCUGUUGUUGAUCUACAA